UAGUCCUCCACUCUGAUGCUGUGAUUCUUCACGUCAAUUAACUAACGAAAUCACUCGUUCCCACGAUACACCAUGCCAACCACCACAAACUUGACCCAGGCGAGCAUGGAAGAGAUGCAACACUUCUUGAACUCGUUCGACGUCGUCUUGUCUGAUUGUGACGGUGUGAUCUGGUAUCAGGGAAAGCCAAUUCCUGGCGCAAUGGCGAUGAUCAGAAGGCUUCAGGAGUUACAGAAAAGAUUAUACCUGGUGACGAAUAAUAGCACCAUCAGCACGGAUCGAUACUGCGAGAAACUGCGGCUGAAUGGCUUGGACGUGGAGCCGGAACAAAUAAUAACCACCGCGAAAGCGAUCAGCUGGUACCUGAAGAAGAUCAAUUUCACGGACGAAGCAUUCGUGGUCGCCUCGCCGCCUUUUCGGCAAACCUUAAUCGACAGCGGAAUUAAAUUAACACCGGGUAACCUUAACGUCGUAGAAGGAGACGCGUUGGCUACUAUAAAGGCUGUUCAGGAUCGACCGUCGGUGAAAGCAGUGAUCGUUGAUUUCUGUGUUCAUUUCGACUGGGGAAAAUUAGCGUUCGCGAUCAACUGCUUAAAAAGGAAGGACGUUCUUUACAUCAGUGGCGCCCAAGACGAGUGGGUCAUCUGUGGUCUCGAUAACAAGGUUUUAGGUCCAGGUCCCUUAAUUAACAUAAUCACCAAAUACAGUGGAAGAGCUCCAACAGAAUGCGCAAAACCCAGCGAAGUUUUACGAGAUUACAUUCUAAAUGAGUGUGACGUAAAGGAUCGGAAAAGAUGUUUAUUCAUUGGCGACACAAUGAAUUACGACAUGAAAUUUGGCACGAUGUGCGGAUUUCGUAAGCUGUUCGUCGGGACUGGUGUGGAUAACGUGGAGGACGCGGAGCAAACAGAAGAAACGCGUCCGGAUUUCUACAUUCCCAGUUUGGGGUUGUUGCACCCUAUUAUCGAUUUGUUGCACAACGAUUCUGAGGAGGAUGGUCAUUGA